AUGGUGCAAUCAAAGAAGAAGUUCCGCGGCGUCAGGCAGCGCCACUGGGGCUCCUGGGUCUCCGAGAUCAGGCACCCGCUCCUUAAGAGGAGGGUGUGGCUGGGCACCUUCGAGACGGCAGAGGAGGCGGCGCGGGCGUACGACGAGGCCGCCGUCCUCAUGAGCGGCCGCAACGCCAAGACCAACUUCCCCGUCCCAAGGCGCGCCACCGGGGAGCUCGCCCCGGUGCCGGCCGCGCGGGACGCGCGUGGCGGCGGCGGCUCGUCCUGCGCGGCGCCGGGCGGCAGCAACACCGCCAACCUGUCGCAGAUCCUCAGCGCCAAGCUCCGCAAGUGCUGCAAGACGCCGUCGCCGUCGCUCACCUGCCUCCGCCUCGACCCGGAGAAGUCCCACAUUGGUGUCUGGCAGAAGCGCGCGGGCGCGCGCGCCGACUCCAGCUGGGUCAUGACCAUCGAGCUCAACAAGGACGCGCCGGCCGCGGUGGCGCCGGCGUUCUCCGGCGAGGAGCCGGCGCCAAGCGGCGGAGGCGCGGCGGCUACCACGCCCACGUCCACGUCGUCCACGGUCACGACAUGCUCGCCUCCACCUGCGGCGAUGAUGGACGACGAGGAGAGGAUUGCGCUGCAGAUGAUCGAGGAGCUGCUGGGUAGCUCGCAGUACUCAUCACAUGGGAUGCUCCAGGGUGCAGCAGGCAGCCUCGUCAUCUGA